CUAAUCCAGCCUUCCUGCUCUUCUCUUUUUCAGAUUUGGGCGUCUUAGCAGUGCAGCAGAGGAGAGCAGAACAGUCGCGGGCUUCCUAAACGCUUCACUCAACUGCGGAGAUAAUGACGGCCUUCAAAGGAGUCUGGACGAGGCAGUUCUGGACCUCGAUGGCCGGGGAGUUUUUGGCCGUUUUCAUUUUCUUGGUGGUCAGCCUGGGCUGUACGGUGAACCUGAAGGACCAAGCAACACCGGGGCCGAGCACCACACACAUCGCUCUCUGCUUCGGGUUCAGCAUUGCCAUACUGAUUCACUGCUUUGGACACAUCUGUGAAGUUUACUUGAACCCGGCCGUGGCCGUGGCCAUGAUCUGCACCAAAAAAAUCAGCAUGGCCAAAGGAGUCUUUUACAUCAUUGCACAAUGCAUGUCGGCACUGGCGGCAGCGGGAACUGUAGCACUGGUGACGCCGCACAGCAAAUGGCCAGUUGCAGUGACUCAGGUCAACGAAAACCUCUCGGCCGGCCAGGCGCUCCUCGUCGAAGUGUUCAUUACCUUUCAGCUCGUGUUCACCAUCUUUGCCUCAUGUGACUCUAAAAGAAAAGAUAUCAAGGUCCCAAUCCCCCUGAUCAUCGGACUGUCGGUCACCAUUGGCCACCUCUUUGCUAUCCCCUACACCGGAGCCAGUAUGAACCCCGCCAGAUCUUUAGGCGUUGCUGUUGUUUUCAACUCCUGGCACAACCACUGGAUCUACUGGAUCGGCCCGUUGAUGGGCGCUUUACUUGCUGCAUUCAUCUACGAAUACGUCUUCUGCCCGGAUCCUGAACGCAAAUUAAAGUUGAAAGCCAUCUACCAGAAAAGCAGCACUGGAGUGGCAGACGACUCUGUGCAGCUCACCCCGGGGAGUAACACUGAAUACAGUAAGCUGGAAGCUGCCGCAUGAACGUUUAAUUUCAGAUUUAUCUUCACUUGGACUGCAUUGCUGUCUGACAUCUUUUUAUUUAACAAAGAGACUGAAUCAUGGAACGGUGAGAUAUUUAUUUUUAAUGUUCUUCACAAGUACCGUCUGCUCUCACUUUCACCCUUAAUGGCCACAAAGCUCAGACAUCGGUGGUUUCUUGGAUGUGUCUCACACUUACCGCUCACUAGUGCUAACCUAAUGUAUAUAUUUAUUUUUUUGUUCGUAUCUUAAUGCAGUUGCACCAAUUGCAUUAAUGCAUACUGUACAGAGUUUAUAGUUCAGUAUUUUCCAUUUUUCUCUUGUCUAAAACAAGUAACGUGUAAUUGUUUCAUAAUAAACGUGUUUGAUU